UCUUCGCUUGCAUCAGGCACACACCAACCACACCGCUGGAUUGCAUAUUACGUCAAAUUUGAUAGCCAGCUCUGCUAAGACAUGUAAACAAAUGUGGGCUGGACCUCGAGCACAAGAUCUCUAGACUACAGUAUACAACUGUUUUUUGAGGAGUGCUACACAGACAUUAGGACUACCGAGUCUAAGGAGGAAUGAUGUCAAAAACAGUACUGCUGAUAUUACUGCUUUCUCUUCUGUUGCUGGAUGUAUCUCUCCAAGACAACGGGAGCAAAUCCCACAAAGAAAACCGAAACAUCACCGCUAUCAGUCCUCGAAGCUUCAGAGGGAGAUUGAAGGGGAAAAUCGUACAUCCGCAAAACACGAUGAGGGCAGUCCCCUCCUCCCCUUCUCCCACUUUGUUCCUGAAGUUGGGCCUGCAGGCCAAUGGCACUGCCAGUUACUUCACUGGUGUCCUGAGCACUCAAAUCAUCCCUGCUGCCUAUGUGGUGGCCAUUAUCAUUGGGAUACCAUCCAACGCCAUUGUUCUGGUGGCACUGACCGCCAAAACCAAAACAUUCUCCACCGCCAUCCUCUACUUCAGCCUGGCCCUCUCCGACCUCCUUUUUCUGAUAACUCUGACCCUGAAAGCGUUCUACCACUUCAACGGAAACCACUGGGUGUUUGGAGAGGCUGCGUGCAAGGUGGUGACGGCCUGUUUCUAUGGAAACGUCUACUGCUCCAUCCAGACGCUCAUGUGCAUCAGCAUCAAUCGCUACCUGGCCAUUGUCCACCCCUUCACCUACAAGAGCCUGCCCAAGCACUCAUGCACCAUGUGCUGCAGCCUGAUGGUUUGGGUCCUGUUCUUCACUGCCAUGGUCCCAGAAUUCCUCAUUCGCCAGAGCUACCAUCUCCCUGACCUUGGAAUAACCACCUGCCACGAUGUCCUCCCCCUAAAUGACGAGUCCUACUCCUUCCUGCCCUACUAUAAGCUCACUCUGAUAUGUCUGGGAUUCUUUGUACCCUUCAUGGUCACUGUCGUCUCCCACGUGUUUAUAAUCCUCCAGCUGAACAAAGCGCACGAUGACUGUAUGCAUUAUAUCAAAAUGAGUACCUUGGUGUUCAUCAUAUUCACAGUGUGCUUUAUGCCCAGUAACGUGAUCCACUUUAUUCAUUAUGUCAAACUGUACACCAGCAAAGAGGAGCACUUCUAUGUGUACUACAGUGUGGCCAUGUGUUUGUGCGGCAUUCACAGCUGUCUGGACCCCUUCCUGUUCUCUCUCAUGUCCAGAUCCACUGGGUCGAAGCAGUACUUUAUCACAUUUAAAGGAAAAACUCUCAGUACGUCCACAUAAAAAUCAAAUCUGCAAAAAAAAAAAGAUUUGCACUGGCCAAGGACUGGCCUUUUCAUCGUAAAUAAUGUGAAAUCAUAUAUGUAUGCAAUCAGAAAUGUACAACAAUCAGACA